CUAUUCAUCGAAAACAAUAACAAAUAUUUUUGAAGGGAGUAAAUUGGAAGGAAGGAGUUUUAAACGGGGCCGAAGAGCAACUUUUUCGAAAUACAUCAAAGAGGAAACGAAGAAGCUUCGAGGGCUUACCCGUCGAUUGACAAGGCGAUUUACUAAAAGUUUGAUAUGGGCACUGAAGUUGGGUGGUUCAUACUAUCCGAAGAUCAACAACACGUAGGUCCAUAUGCUGCGUCUGAAUUGAGAGAACAUUUUUCUAGUGGAUAUAUUACAGGGAACACACUUGUAUGGGCUGAAGGAAGGAGCGAGUGGCAGCCCCUGUCCUCAGUUCCUGGACUAAUCUCUGAAAACUCCGAACAAGCGCCCUCAUCGGCUUCCAUUGAUGACGAGUUUGAAAGGUGGCAAAAUGAGGUGAGAAGUGCUGAGACAGAGGCAGACAAUGAAGUUGCUGAUGAUGAUGAGAGGCCUUCAUCUCCCCCAGAUGGUCAGAAUGAGUUCACUGAUGAUGAUGGGACAGUGUACAAGUGGGACAAACAGCUUAGAGCCUGGGUUCCUCAGGAAAUGGCUGCUGGAAGUGAGCCAUAUGAUCUUGACCAUAUGACAUUUCAGCAAGAAGAAGAGUUGUUUCCUACAGUUGGGGCUGAUGGUAUCCCUGUUAAAGAAGAUACCAACACUUCUGUAAAAGCAAAUGCUGAUGUCAUUGCAGAAAAAGAUACAGAUAAUGCAAAUGAACUGAUAGAAGCAAAUGGGAAGAGGAAGUUGCCUGAGAAACCUGUUGAGAAAAAGGAAGCCAAUCAACCUCCAGACAGCUGGUUUGAGUUGAAGGUUAAUACACAUGUUUAUGUUACAGGGUUGCCAGAUGAUGUUACCUUUGAUGAGGUUGUGGAGGUGUUUUCCAAGUGUGGGAUUAUAAAGGAGGAUCCUGAAACAAAGAAACCUCGUGUGAAGAUUUAUGUCAACAAAGAAACUGGAAAGAAAAAGGGUGAUGCUCUUGUUUCAUAUAUGAAGGAACCUUCAGUUGCUUUGGCCUUGCAAAUUCUUGAUGGAUCUCCUUUACGACCUGGUGACAAGGUUGUCAUGUCAGUCACACCAGCUAAAUUUGAACAGAAAGGUGAAAAAUUCAUAGCAAAACAAGUGGACAAGAGAAAAAAGAAGAAGCUUCAGAAGGUGGAACACAAGAUGCUUGGGUGGGGUGGGCGUGAUGAUUCAAAAUUACUAAUUCCAGCUACAGUUAUUCUCCGAUACAUGUUCUCUCCAGCAGAAAUGAGGGCUGAUGAGAAUUUAAAUGUUGAAUUAGCAGCAGAUGUUCAAGAGGAAUGUGCAAAGCUUGGUGCAGUUGAAUCAGUCAAGGUUUGUGAAAAUCAUCCUCAAGGGGUAGUUUUGGUAAGAUUUAAGGACAGGCAAGAUGCACGAAAGUGUAUUGAGUUGAUGAAUGGAAGAUGGUUUGGAGGUAGGCAAGUGCAUGCUAGUGAGGAUGAUGGAUUGGUGAACCAUGCUUUGGUUAGGGAUUUGGAUCAUGAUGCACAACAAUUGGAGAAAUUUGGGGCUGAACUUGAGGCUGAAUGAAUUAACAACUUCUGAAGCAUCAAUGCACAUAUAGAUUAUGAUACACAAGACACAAGUCUACUACUUAAUAGCUACAGAAUCUUCAAUUUCUUUCGAGUGUGUUGUGUUGUGUUAUGUUAUGUAGUUGAAUAAUACUGUUUACGUGUUUUAGGAUUAUUGUUUAGUUACUCUUGUGAUUGAUUUUGAUGCUGUAACUUUAAGGUUGUGCUUGUUACA